UUCUCCUUCUCCUCUGUCUUUGUCAGUGCACGCACAGGCGCAAGCAAACAAACAAACACAUCCCUCGCACUUUCUCUGUAACCGCCAGCAUGCAGACCAGCCCACGAGCGACGCGCCCUCCUCGCUGGUUCUCGCCGGCCACCGGCAUCUACUGCAGCAAGCACCCCCCCGUCGAUCUUCCUUCCGACCCAGUGGGCGACGUCGUUUCCUACCUCUUCUCUCGCGCCCACGACGGCGGCUCCACCGCCCUCGUCGAUUCUCCGUCCGGGUCGUCCUUGUCCUUCUCGGAGCUCCGCGCUCUCGUCCGGUGCAUGGCUUCGGGGAUUCGCAGCAUGGGCGUCUCGCGGGGAGACGUCGUCCUGCUCCAAUUGCCCAACUCCGUCUACCACCCCGUCGUCUUCUUGGGCGUCCUGUUCUCUGGCGGGGUCGUCACCACCGCGAACCCGCUGAGCAGCGUGUCCGAGACCAAGCGACAGAUUUCGGACUGCAACGCGCGUCUCGCUUUCGCUUCGUCCGACAAGUGCGAGAUGUUGAAGGCAUUGGGUGUUCCAGCCAUUGCUGUGCCAGGGGAUGUAUCUUCUGGUUCUAGAGAUUGCGAGUUUGCGGAUUUUCGCAUGCUUUUGUCGAGAAAAUUUGAAUCUUUCAAGCGGCCCGUCGUGAAGCAGCAAGAUACGGCGGCGAUAGUGUACUCAUCCGGCACUACGGGCGUGAGCAAAGGGGUCGUGCUCACACAUGGGAAUUUCAUCGCCAUGUGCGAGCUCUUCGUGAGGUUCGAAGCCUCUCAGUACGAGUACCCGAGUUCCGAGAACGUGUAUUUGGCUGUCCUGCCGAUGUUCCACAUAUAUGGCAUGUCGCUCUUUGUCUUGGGACUGUUAUCGUUGGGGUCUACUGUGGUUGUGAUGAGGAGGUUCGAUCCCAACGAGGUGGUCAAGGCCAUUGAUACGUAUGGAGUCACCCAUUUCCCUGUGGUUCCGCCAAUAUUGACUGCUCUGACCAGGACUGUGAAGUGUGCCCGUGGAAGUGGCUUGAGGAGCUUGAAGCAGGUCUCUUGCGGGGCUGCUGCUCUCAGCAGGAAGAGCAUUGAGGACUUUGUUCAGACUUUUCCUCAUGUUGACUUCAUUCAGGGUUAUGGCAUGACCGAGUCAACUGCAGUUGGAACCCGAGGCUUCAACACGGAGAAGUGUCGAAGAUAUUCUUCCAUUGGACUUUUGGCUCCAAAUAUGCAAGCCAAGGUGUUGGACCCCAAGACUGGAUCCUUCUUGCCUCCAGGCUGUAGUGGCGAGCUUUUGUUACGAGGACCUGCAAUCAUGAAAGGGUACUUGAAUAAUGUUGAUGCAACUAGCUUGACGAUCGAUGAGGAUGGUUGGCUACAUACCGGAGAUAUUGUUCAUUUUGAUCAGGAUGGAUUUUUACAUAUACUCGAUCGAGUGAAAGAGAUUAUAAAGUACAAGGGCUUUCAGAUUGCUCCUGCUGAUCUGGAGGCUGCAUUAAUUACCCAUCCUGACAUUGUUGAUGUUGCAGUAACAGGUGCCCUUGAUGAAGAAUCGGGUGAGAUACCGGUGGCAUUCAUUGUCAGGAGAAUCGGAAGCAAUAUUUCUGAGGAAGCUGCCAUGGACUACUUAGCUGCACAGGUUGCUCCCUACAAGAAAGUGAGGAAGGUAGUUUUUACCAGUUCAAUUCCGAAAUCAGCUGCUGGAAAGAUUCUUCGGAGGGAACUCAAGAAGUCGUUGACUUCUAGAAUGUGAGGGCCGGAUUUUUCUGGCUCUGAUUCCUGAGAUGAUAGCUGAGCAAAAUAAGAGUAUGUAAUUCAUUUCAAUUUUGAUCAGUCCUCUAAUAAAUCGCGGUUCUAUUAUGAUAGCGGCAAAAGAUGAGUAGAGAAUUCUGUGUUACACAAAUUACAUAUCGUUUCAUUUUCAUGGAAUAGGUGGCUUUAAUAUUAGCUAUUGAGUGUCCGUUCACUAUGUAGAAAGGUUAUUAUACUUUUUCUA